AUGGGAAAGAAUCCGCCGAAGUGGCUGCCGGGCGAGCGCGUGAAGGAGACCAUUCUUCUGCAGCGCAAGUCCGUUGAGCAGCUGCGUGCUGAUCGCGUGCUGCGUAAGGAUAAACUGCAGGAGCGCCGUGAGCGCCACAAGAACAAGUUAGACGCGAAGCGUAAGCGCAAGCUUUCGACGAAGAAGUUCAUCUCCGCUCAGACGAUCCUGAAGCACGCGCAGCGCAAGGAGAAUCAAGGACGCAAGUUCCAGAAGAUCGGGGAGAAGGUCGAGGGUCGCCGCCGCCACGUGAAUUUCGGGGAACUGAAGAAGCGGCUGCGUGAGAGCUCGGUACGACUCGUGGUGCGUGCGAAGGGGUCGCAGAUCCCGCCGGAGGUGGCGGCGGCCUUCAGAAAGCUGGGCCUUCUCAAGAUCUACUCGGCACGCCUGAUCAGCUUGACGCCCCGCACGGAGAAGCUUAUUGAGCAGCUGACACCCUUCUCGAUUGUUGGCCAGCCGGACAGGGCUCAGCUGGAGUCGCUCCUUCGCACCCGCGGCUCCUUGUACAACGAGGAGACGCAGACGAAGCGGCUCAUUAGCGGUAACCUGUUGCUGGAGCAGGCACUGGGCCAGUACAACGUUCUGUGCAUUGAGGAUCUUGUAGAGACCAUUGCCACGCAGGGCGAGCACGUAGAGGAGGUUCUCCGCCGCAUAGCGCCCUUCGACUUCCACCCGCCUCGCCAGCUCUUCCUCGAGCGCCACCGUUCCGUUCACCAGAAACUGGAGAUCGUCAACAAGGACUCCUUCGCUGCGUACCUAUCGGACCAGCUGCACCAGAUCACGGUCGAGAAGCAGCGCAAGGCUGCCGCUGCAGCGAAGAAGUCCAAGACGGUGACUGUGAAGCGCAAGGCCGCCUAA